UCUCACUCUCACAUUCACCGGAAUCCCUAAUUUAACCCAACUAACCCUAUCAGAGCACUCAGCCGCCGCUACCGUCAGCCCCCAGCCGCCGAGGUGUCGCUUUUAUCGUCCGCCCCCUCCGCCAAGGUCAUUGAUCGUAGCGAUUCUUCCAAUUCAUCGCCGAACCUAUUCGCUGACGCUGAAAAUCAGACUAUGGACGCGUUGAAGAGUGAAGAAGUAUUGGCAGCUGUUUCGUCUUCCACCAGAUGAAGUAGCAAAACAAUCUCAGGCAAUAAGGAUAAUCAUGGAGUAGAAUUGAAUUUCAUAAAGUAUCAUGUUGUAUGCCACGAGGCCAAACAGGUUUUGCUUUCUCGGUAAUGAGCAAGUUUAUUAAGUGGGGUUUUCGGCCAAGUGCUGUAACUUGGACUACACUAAUGAAGGGGUUGUCUCUUAAUGGUAAAAUGUCGGAUGCACUAUACAUUCAUGGUAAAAUUAUUCCCAAAGGAUUUCGGUUUGAUGAAGUUAUGUACGGAACCUUAAUCAAUGGUCUGUUUAAGACGGGAGAAACAAGAUUUGCUAAUCAAAUGCUUCGGCAAAUGGAGAGUCACUUUGUUAGGCUAAAUCUUGUAAUGUACAAUAUUGUUGUUGAUGGUUUGUGCAAGCAUGGACGGUUGAAUGAUGCACUGGAUUUGUAUUCUAAAAUGCCUGAUCAAGGAAUUUCCCCCGAUAUUGUCACUUACAGUUCAUUAAUCUAUGGUUUCUGUCGUGUGGGCCAAUGGAAAGAAGCUAGAUUAUUGCUGAAUGAUAUUGUUGUUAAAAACAUUAGCCUAGAUGUGUAUACCUUUAACAUAAUAAUUGAUGCAUUAUGCAAAGAAGGGAUGCUAUUGCAAGCCCAAGUUAUGUGCGACGUGAUGAUUGAAAGAGGUCAACAACCAGACAUUAUUACUUACACAAUUUUGAUGGAUGGAUAUUGUAGGAACAAUGAAGUUGAUAAGGCAAGAAACUUAUUUGAUAUGGUAAUUGAAAGGGGUUUUGUGCCUGAUGUUUGGAGUUAUAACAUCUUGAUUAAAGGUUAUGUCAAGAUCAAAAGAGUGGAUGAAGCCUUGAGUUUGAUGAAAAGUAAGAAUAUAGUUCCAAACAUUAUAACGUACAAUUCUCUAGUUGAUGGCUUGUGCAAAGCCGGUAGAAUCUCGCAUGCAUGGGAGAUUGUUACAAAAAUGCAUUAUUGUGGUCAACCAUCCCCUGAUGUAAACACUUACAAUAUAUUUUUAGACUACUUAUGCAAAAACCAGCAUCUUGAUGAGGCAAUUAAAUUAUUUAAGAGACUCAUGUAUGAAAGAAGUUUUGUUCCAAAUGUUUGGAGUUACAAUAUCUUGAUCAGAGGUUAUUGCCAGAAUAAAAGAUUAGAUGAAGCAAAGAAUCUUUUCCAAGUUAUGCGUUUGAAGAAUUUGGAUCCAAAUAUUGUAACUUACAAUAUAUUGUUACAGGCUUUAUGCGACACGCAGCAACUUCGCAAGGCAAUUACACUAUUAAACCAAAUUGUUGACGAUGAUAUCUGUCCUAAUUUGUGCACAUACAAAAUACUUAUACAUGGUUUAUAGAAUUGUGGACAGAAGAUUUUUCAAGCCUUUUUUUCAUUAGA